AUGCCAGCCGACGAGGAUUAUGGGUUCCUGCGCGGUCCAAAGGACGAGGUAUACGAAGAAACCCAACGCGUGCCCUCACAUUACAAUCCCCUCGACACGUUCAAGCUUCCAGCUGGCGCCGGUCGCCAAUACCAGCAGCAAUAUGGUGAUAUGUAUUUCUUGCGGCUCGCUAAGUUGAAGCCGAGUGUGGAAAGCUUAGCCGCAGCGGCUUGGGAUGGAUUCAGCAUUGCUGGAGAAAAGGCCCGACGUGUAGACCGUGUGCUGGAUGUGCGACAAGGUGAACUCUGUUGGGUGGCCGGAACGAUCUACAUGGACAUGCCCUUGAAGCCGGACGUCCUAGAGGACGUGACUAAGGAAAACUUUACAUCUGCUCCUCCUCCCCGCCGCACCUACAUCGAUCCCUCAAAUCCAUCCGCAACCCAGAUCAUGAUGGAAGAUGAAUCCGGCCGCCUUCGUUUGACAGGCGCAUAUCUUGGCUCUGUACAAUUAGCAACUGGCGCUAUUGUUGCAGCAUUGGGAACUGAAAAUGCCGAUGGUGACUUUGAAGUGAUCGAUAUCAAGACCCCGGACCUAGCACCACAGCCUCGACGAUGGGAGAGAGAUGGAGGUGUCCCGAACGACGACGGCAAGCGAGAAGGCGGCAAGAUUGCAUUCGUCAGUGGACUGGGCAUUACUGGAACGUCCGGCGACACUCUUACGCUGGAGCUGUUGACGGACUAUCUGCUAGGCUACACAGGGUUUUCAGGUAACCCCGACAACAGCCCUUCAGCCCCGGCGUCGAAGAUUACUCGCCUCAUCAUCGCAGGAAACUCCCUCGGUGCCAGUGUUACCGCCGAUGCAGCAGCUGCAGGCGCUGAAAACGCAGCUAAGAAGAAGGCUGCACCAAAGAAGUAUGGAUAUGAUGCUUCGGCCUACAAUGCUUCACCUAUUACACAGCUCGAUAACUUCCUGGCUGAGAUCCUACCAAGUAUCCCAGUCACACUCAUGCCAGGUGAACAAGAUCCUGCAAACUUUGCUUUACCUCAGCAGGGAAUUCACCGUGCCAUGUUCCCUCAGGCCCGAGCAUAUGCUGCUCCCCCACCUUCGGGCGACUCCAAACAAGAACCUGGCUGGUUCGACAGUGUGACCAACCCUUGGGAAGGCGACGUAGAGGGCUGGAGAUUAUGGGGCUGCAGUGGCCAGAACGUGGAUGACAUAUUACGCUACCUAGACUUUCCAGGAGACAGCGCAGACGACAUAGACGAAACAGCCGAUUCAGAGUCUCGAAUGCGGGUGAUGGAAUCUAUGCUGCGUUGGCGGUGUGGCGUCCCCACUGCCCCAGACACUAUUUGGUCAUAUCCGUUUCAAACAAACGACCCGUUUGUACUUGACAAUUGCCCGCACCUGUUUUUCGUGGGCAAUCAGCCGUCCUUCAAGACUGCAGUAAUUGAAGGUAACCUUCCACUACGCUUGGAUGGAGCAGACGAUGCCGAAAUGAUGGAUUCCAGCGACACACCCAUCCCUCGUGUGCGGUUGCUCACCCUGCCCCGGUUUAAGGAGACAGGGGAAUUGGUUUUGGUUGACUCUGAGACGCUGGAAGUUGAAGUCAUCCGAUUCACACUGUCAUGCUCAAAGGUGCUUUUAGUGCCAUACUCGACAUGGCAUGUACCGCGCUAUCAUGAAUGGAUGCAAGACGAGGUUAGCUACACGACAGAAUCCAUUCUGGGAUUCAAUAUUUGUCUAGGCAAACAGACUGACUCUUCCCAGGAAAUCCAAGAAGCGACUGCUUCAGAGCCGCUUUCAAUUGAGGAAGAAUAUUCAAUGCAGAAAAGCUGGCGACAAGACGCAGAUAAAUUGACAUUCAUUAUCUGUCGGCCUGUCGAUAGGUCUCCUCCCAUUGAACUUGAGCCAGCAGAUGAUUCACCGCAGGCUAUGGUGGGAGAUAUCAAUCUGUUCCUCCGCGUCGAUGACGGGGACGGCGGAGACGAGCCCCCCAAGAUCGUGGGAGAGAUCGAGCUUAUGAUCGCCGAAAAGGCAAAUCAAAGGCGAGGCUUUGGGAAGGCUGCAGCUUUGGUGUUCUUGCGGUACAUUCUGCAGCACCAACAAGAAAUAUUGUCUGAAUUCAUCCAAGGAGGCAUUGACCAGGAGACGCGUGCAAAGGUGCAAAAGGUCAAUGAUGGGCAUAUUUCAUUGUCAUGCCUGAGUGUCAAGAUUGGGAGCUCAAAUAUGCGAAGUCUGGCGCUGUUUGAAUCGCUGGGGUUCAAGAAGGUCUCUCCUGAGCCGAAUUUCUUUGGCGAAUUUGAGCUUCGACGAGAUGAUUUGGAACUCCGCGGGGUGGACAAAGCUCUUGAAGAAUACAGAGUAGAAAAUUACUCGGCAAGGCCGUAUUUGAGAACAGAAUAA